AGUAAUUACAAACGGGGAUUAAGGCGAUAUGCCUACGAUUGCAGCGUGGACGAUCUAUGCGUUUGGAGCCACGGCGUUAGCGGCUGGGUGUUUGCAUUUGGCUUCCCCGGAGAGAGCGGCGCAGGCUCUUGGGCUGGAGGAGGGCUGUGUGGGUGCAGUUAAUGGGAAUUCACUGGCCGCAAUCGCUAUGGGGAUUUAUUAUACUCUUGCAGCGCACCAGGAAAACAGGGCGUUCUUCUACCUCACGGUGCCGAUGCGGGUGUUGACGUCGACGGUGUUUUGGACGCAAGGUGGUCAGUGGAAGAUGGCUGGGUUGUGGGAGGGUGGAGGGGCGGUGCUUACUGCUGUUGCGUUGAUGGUUGGGUGAUUGUGAUGGCGGCGUUGAGAAGGUAGCAGUGUUGGCUUUGCGGGCUGGUUGAGGGUUGGAAUUUGGGUGGUAGUGACAAGAGCUUGCUGCCAAGAAGGCUAGCAUGUUUCUGUUUUGAGGGAGCCUCUCACGUCUCCUACUUUUCGUCGAAUGUGAAGUCCGUUUUUCU